AUGACAACCAGAAAUAAUGUAGCAAAGGAAAAGGUGGCAAGGAACUUCUGGUGUACACAAAGAAUUGUAAAAGAGAAAUAGUUUCUUUUGCAUAAUGCAACCAAACAGGUAGCCUACAGGAAGUUUUAAACAAGACAAUGUGCCAGGAUUGAACAUUUUAAGACAUGCUUUUGUCUUAGGAAAAUUGCAGAUUUGAUGCUUGUAGCCUUGAUGCUUAUAGAUGGCCAUAGUCUUAUAGAUUGCAGUGAUCAAAGAACUGCCUCCAUACUGGCUACAAUGACUUGCAUGACUUCUUAUGGGGACUGUUGCCUGGCUCCGUUCAUUGUGCUCAGUUAACUCAUGUGUAUUUGCAAGACUCAACAUUGACCUUAUCUAACUUUUUUAAAUGCAGAGUUGAAAAGAAUUUCCAGUCUCCCAAGUGCAUACUGACAGGAGCCUGCUUGAGGUGAAAACUCAUAAGUGAAAGGAGUAGACUCUGGAUUCUUAAUACAUUGGAGUCCUGCUCUACAACUAGUUUGGUAGGUUGGCUUCUCAGGGUAAAGGGGUAGGGUUGAUGGAGAACCAAGUGUCAUACUCUCAGUGUGAGUUUGUUCUCAAGCACCCUCCUCACACAGUAGCUGCUGCAGCUGCUGCUGCUCCUUUGGCAUGGAUUAAUCUUACUUUUCUUUCCUUGGUACAGUUUCUGACAUGGAGGGCUGAGAAUUGGCAUGGGGGAAGGAAUUAUAGAUGCCAAUUGUCUAGCAAUAACUCGCUGUGCUAAUCUACUUCCUUCCUCUGUUUGCAGUACUGUGGGGAAAAGAGUCAAGAUUACAUGAGUGAGAAAGUAGCUGCCCCUCUUCUUUUGACCUUCUGUUCUUGCUGUCUGCUUUAUUUAUUUUGGAUAUAUUUCGGCUGCAUUUCAGGACAGAGUCCACUGAAGGUGGCUUACGGAACAUAAAACACAAGAAAAUUACAAUUCCAGUAUGACACCGUAUGAAACUGGUUACACAAUGUAAAAUCAAAACCCAGAAAUAAAAAACCCCAAUAGUUUAAAAGCCAGCACCAACUAUAUAAAAUAAUCUUGGUUGAAGGCCAUUUAAGAGAGACGAACUGAAGAACAUUUUGAAGGCUAGAACUGAUGGUGCCAACUCAUAUCCCUUGUGUGGGAGUUUCAUAGAUCAGGGACCACCACUUGAAAAGACAGUGUCUCUGGCGCAUGUUCGUUUAGUUGACAAAAUUUCAAUGGGUUUACUCUUGAGUAGAACUUAGGUGGGCAAAUGAAGAAAACCUCUAUCAGUGGAUUGCGGUCUGUAAUAGAUUGAAUUUGGCCCAGCAGUCAAUGCUUUCCUGUCACUAUGUCUGAGACUUAUACUUGAUUAUAUUUCUCUGCCACUUUUCAUUCAGAUUAAUUCCAAAGUGACUUACAAUCAAUAAAUAACAGUAACAUAAUAGAACAUCAUAAAUAUAGCAGAAAUCAUACAGAAUAAAUAACAAACUAGUAAAACAAUUACAAAUCAUCAAAACAAUUAGCAUCUAUGAAACACUUGUUAACAAAACUACUAAAAAAUAAGCUAAACAUCACAGUUACAACAAAAAUAAUAUUUUAGGAUUCACAAAGUACUACAGCUAACUCUUUGUCUUGUCAUUACUUUAAGUUAUUCCAACUGUUUGCUUGAUUAUUCUGUUGUAUUAAAAAAUAGCAUAUCAGACUCCAUUUUAAACUGGUGUUAUGGAUGAGUAAUCGCUAAAUUAAUCCAGAGUAUGUUGUGUUUCAAGUAGGGAGGUGAAAUCUCUGUUCAGCUGUGUUUUGUUACAUUUGUGUCGUAUGCUCCCGUUUAGGGACUCAGAAUACCGUUUUAACCUCCCAACAGCCCAUUGAGGAUAGUUAGACUAUGAGUUAUUUCUCCAAAAGCCACAUAGUGGAUUCAAUUCAGAGAUCAUGUAAGAAAAGUGAGGCAUUUUUUUGCUUAUUUGUCUUGUAUGGAUCCCCCACCCCCAAUUUGUUCUGGCUGGUUGGGGAACCCUCUGGAUUAGUGUGGGAGGGUUGUAUGUGGGAAGGGUAUUCGUGAAAAUUGCCACCACCUCUUUCUGUCCGCGGGAACGUCUGCUGCAUAAAGGCUCUUUCAUGAAGGAAGGGCAACUCUGAAUCCUAGGCCAGUGGUUUUAUAUCAAUCAGGAUUUGAGCUGGAUAUUCUUACAUUUGAAUGAGCCAGCACAGCCAUGAAGCUAAAUGGUUGGCCUUCAGCAAGUUCCUCCCUCUGCCUGCCAGGCUUUUGAGAUUGAAUUGAAAUAUUCCCAUAUAUGAAGGGAGCCCUGGAAUUAUGUUUGGAAUAUUAAUGGUACAAUAUGAUUUAGUGGUUAGAGUUUCAAGGCUAGGGCCAGAGAGAUUUGGGUUUAAAUCCCCUUUCAUUGGAUGAUGGCCUUGAGAGGGUCAUUGAAUCUAAGCCUACCUUUCUUCAGAGAGUUGUUGAGAACUAUAAAAUUAGGGGAGAGCCAUGUAUGUCACUGUGAGUGCCUUAAAAGAAGGAUGGAAUGUGAAUCUACCAAACAAACAAGGUAGCAAGAGACAAAUAGAGUUGAUACCUUCACAUGUUGUAGUAAUAAGUUGACAUUUGAACAUUGAUAAUAUUCUACCUCUGUUUCUGACCCUGAUAAGGGAAGUGGUCAGAGCCUGCAGUUCAAAGCACUACUGUUUGUUGUUCACUUUUUUGACCUGUAGAAAUGUUGACACUGGCAAGGGCAACAAACACACCUAGUUGGUUUUCUAUUCCAGUAAACACAAUUUGCAGAUAUGUGCAGGAUCUAGAUUAGAAGUGGGAAACCUGUGGCCCUCCAGACGAUGUUGGACUCAACUUCCAUCAGCCCUGGCCUGCAUGCCCAGUGGUGAGGAAUGAUGGGAGAUGUAGUUCAGCAGCAUCUGGAGGGCCACAAAUUCCUGAACCCUAAUCUAAAUUUACAAGUUCCUUGAUCUUCAAACACUUCUGAGAAUUGAAUUGCAAGGAACAUUAGUGGCAACAUGGCAAUGGGAAAUUUUGCAUAGCUGCUUUCGUCUUGAAUCUUUUCUAAUUAAGUGCCAGUUUAGUAGCUUUAAAAUCUGAUUGGACAAGAAAACUGUCUCCAUAGACUGCUUCAGCCAACUGGUUUCUUAGUGCAUGAAAGAUGUUUGAGCCCAGGCAUGUCCUCCCCUCCAAUUUGCCCUCUUCUUGUGUGCCUGGAUUCAGUUCUGGUUUGUAGGGAGUUUUUGAACUGCACUUAGCUGGCUCUGAUGUCACAGGAACUUGGUUGCUCUAUGGAAGUAAACAAUACAAGGAAGCAUCUACCAAAUGAAAGAGAGACACCACUUCUCAAGAAGCUAAUUAAGAUUUAUCCUAGCCUGAACCAACUAAUAACUGUUUAUUAGCACCUUGAGAUGUCUCUUUUUUUGUACGUUUCUUAUGCAGGUAGUUAAUGGCUUAUUGUAUCUGAUGCACUUGGAAUCCUUGAAAUGUGCAAUAUGAGUUCUAAAUACUAACUUUACCAACAACUCUGAACUACACUUCAGAUUUCCUACAGAUCGCUACCUCUUUUCCUUCCAACUGUAUCCCUUUGCCUGCAUUCUUCUGCUGCAUUUUCUCUGCUCAUGAUAGGGAUCCCUCAUAGUUUUAUUUAUGUAAUUCUGGACAGGUAUGUGCAUUUUGGAAUGGAAAAUUUCCUCCAAACUUUCCAAUAUAAGUCCGUUCGAAUCUAAUACAAAAUGUUUUGACAAAUCCCAGAUCAACCAUGUAAUUCAUUGCGUGACCAUGGGAAAUAAUUGUGCCUCAGUUUUAACCUAUAGGUUACAGUAAUACAAUUAAAUGAUUUAUUUCUCACCCUUUAAAUAGUGGGAAGGAAAUCUAAAUGUUACGACUGCUAGCUUAAAUAUUUUUAAUCAGUUGAUUAAUCAACUUCAGCUUUAACCAAUUAAACAUCAGGACCCAUUUUUGAUUGGUGCAGUUGAGGGAUAAAGGCUCUUUUUCCUUUUAGCCUGUUUGAUUCUACUAUGUUACUGUAAUAGGGACCGAAAGAAAAUAUACAAUAAUUUUCUGACAGUAAAUGGGAACUUCUGUUAAGUUGUAAAUCGUAUUAGACCAGUAUCGUAAAAAGGAUAAGUAUCCUGAAAUUUUUAAAUGCAGGCUUACUUACAGUAAUUAGUCAACUGGCAGCUCAAUCCUAUGCAUGUUUGCACCGAAGUAAUUCCCAUUAUGUUCAAUGGGCUUAUUAAACUUGUAAGCGUGUAGGUCCACAGUCUAAAAAAUAUUUGAUGGCCUACUAAAUUUGCAAUAAAAUUGUACAUAGACACUCUACAUGUGAACCCCUUUCGUAUGCUACUGAUAUGAAGGUGUGCUCACACACUAAAGUGAAAGUACAGUUACAUUGUUGACUGCCACCCACCUUCUGAAGUUGGUUGGCUUCCCCUGUUGUCUGUUCAUUAGGUGUGUACAUCUACUUAUGUAGGCUUUCCACCUGCAGACAUCCACACCUAAUGUGAGGAUAACGGGGGUGGGGCAGAGCGAAGCCAUGUGACCUCUGGGGUGGGCCAGUAGUGUGGCGCUGCUACACCUUGAUUGCAUGACCUUUAUGCAAGUAGCACAUGAAUAGAGCUAUACAGUGGACCCUCGGGUUACUUACCUCUCUGGAUACGUAAUACGUAAUCUUUGGGUUGUAAAAGCGGCAAACCCGGAAGUAUUUUUCUGGGUUUUGCCGCUUGGUUACGGAUUUUUCGGGGUGCACACGGACCCCUGGAACGAAUUAAAUCCGUAUCCAGAGGGUCCACUGUAAUUGAGAUUCUAAACAAAUAUAUAAAAUCGCUAACAGUGUAGUCGUGAAUCAGUGUCUCUUGCUACUGCUAAAUGCAGACUUCUGGGAGAAAAGUAGUUUACAUUAAUUAAAAUAAAACAUAUUAAAUUGAUAUUUAACUCUCAUAUACAUAUCUGUAUAUCAACAUACAGUUUGAUUCCAUGGAGGGUUCGAGAAAGUUACAUUGUCUCAGGAUUGGCAUCCCUUUAGCUGUUCAGUGAGUGCAGAGUCUAAGAAUCUGUGCUGUGUCACACAUGCAUCGCACAGUUUUCCUUACUGAUGGACACAGCAUGCGGUUGCAGAAAUUUAGGUGUAUAUCUGUGCAUAUGAACACUCACAAAAGAAAAAUAAGCAUAGCUGUAGACAAGGUUUUCUUGCCCUUGAUUGUACAAAUUAUAAUUCAUUGGCCUGUACCCGAGUACCACAAAUGUUUCAUUUAUAGUUGAACAAUCUAACUGUUUUGGGUUUUGCACUUAAGGAGACUUAUUUUCAGAAUGUGUUUGUGCUUCUUUUAAAAGGUUUUACUGCUUCGACUGCUUCAAUGGACCACAUUCAUGGGGCUUGGAAGGCUCUAACUGAUGGAAUUGGAUUAAAGGAUUCUGUCUUCAAUGGAUCCAACUGUAUUUCACCUACUAUUGUCCAGCAGUACAGCUAUCAGCGUAGAGCAUCUGAUGAUGGGAAACUUUCAGAUUCUUCCAAGACAAGCAAUACGAUUCGUGUUUUCUUGCCUAACAAGCAACGCACAGUGGUGAGUCUGUUUCUUGUUUUGUGCAAGAUGAAAGAUUGGCUGUUUUCCCCCCACUGGUGCAUAAACAUUCCAGUGCCCCAGUGGGCUAAUAAUGUUUAAAUGUAGAUGCUUCAGGAUGGAUACAGUGAUGUUUUGUUCAACAUGUUGACCCAAUAUACACAUGCAUAAUUUUGGGAAGAGCAAUGAGAUUUGUAUCACUUCAAUGAAUAUGUGAUGCUGUCUCUUAUGAAUAGGCCCUCUGCUGAUGGAUUAUUUUGGAUACUAAAGCAGUGUUAGCCAGAAAAAGCAUCUUGGUUUUCUUUUUGCUUCUGACUUUAAAGUGCUUUAUAAGUAUAUCCCAAAGGCUUGCAAAGUUGUAUUAAAAUUGUAAAAUCAAUAUGCAGAUUGUUAAAUGUCAGCAACACAAGUUACAUCAGCUCAGGUUAAUUGCAGCAGGCCUAGAUUGGAUUCUGUCAGACGUUUCGCUAAGCCUAUCAUAUGACUUUCUGUCCUUGCUUAAAGGUACUGCUUUCACCGGCCUUGUAAAUAAACCCACAAAAAUUAUUAGUCUGCAAAAUAUUUACUGGCCUACUAGCAGAGGAUGGAUGGAGAGCUCUGACUCCCCUCCCCCCUCCCCCCUCCCCAGCAGCCUGCUGCAUUUCCAUGCUGAGUGCAUAGGAGGGGAACUCCCCCUUUGGCAGUCUGCUUGAUUUCUUUGCUAGAUAUAGAGUGGGAGAAUUCAGCCUUUGUCAUUCUGCUCACUUACCUCCUGAACGUUGCAUAUGCAGGUGAGUGUUUACAGUUUCAGAUAUAGUGCUGCUGAUUUCUUUAUCAAGAUUAAACUAGUAGGAGCAGAUUCACUCCCAAUCCCUGCCCCUAACAUUCUUCCUUGUUGGCUUACCAUGGUUCCCACUUAUUCAGUGUUUCAACUUGUUAGCAGUAACUAACCAUGGCCAGUGCCAGUGCAGCUGUGACACUAAAAAACCUGACUAAUUGUUUUACGCAAUGCCAUUCAUGUCUACAGUGCAAUCCUAUUUACAUCUGCUCCGAAUGAAGUCCUGUGGAUGUCAGUGGGGUUUACUUCCAGGUGUUAGGUUUUAAGACAGCAGCCUUAGGCAAACAAGGAAAAUGUGGGUUGAAUCUUCAAUGAAGAAGUGUUGGAGACUUGAUUCCCUUCGUUCAGUUUUUUUUAUAAUAAACGUUUAUUAGUUUUCAAUUACAUUCCAAUAAUAGCCUCAUUAUAACAAUGCCAAUUUAUAAUACAAUUAUUAUUACCAAUAAUUCAAAUACUAAAUUACCUUAUUUAAUUAAGGUGGGCCCCCGUGUUCUAGAUUUGUUGACUUUCUAAUUUUAUUUAUUUCUGUGUUCUAAAAUCUUAUUAGUUUCAGUUAUAUUCCGCUCAUAAUAGUCAUCCCUUACACAACAACUGCAAUAUUAAUAACUUCUAUUCGGGUUGACAUAUUAAAUGAUUUCUAAAACUUCAUGUGAGGAACUAAAACUAUAUCAUUGUUCUUUCCUGUAUGUGGCAAUUAUUCAGUCCGUGAUGUUUCUUCCUGUCCUUGUAAGAUGUUAUGUCUUUCUCUCCCCCCGAUUGUUGCUGUUAUCCAUCAUGCCAUGGGCGGAGCUGAUAUCCCUUCGCUUCAGUUUUUGAUCACAGAAUUAGCAGCAUUACAAGUGUAAAACUCCAUAAUGGCAAUUUUCAGUUAUGAUAGUAUUGUGUAAUUGUAGUCAUCCAGUGUUUGAUAACCACACUGUAAUCCGUACUCCAUGACUGAAGAAUGAAAAUGUUUCAGAAUUAAAACUACUACUUUUUUAACAGGUGAAUGUGCGUAAUGGAAUGACCCUUCAUGAUUGUCUCAUGAAAGCACUCAAAGUUAGAGGCCUGCAGCCGGAAUGCUGUGCUGUUUUUAGAUUACUUAAUGAACACAAAGGGUAAGAAUUGAAACAUUACGUUUUAUGAAACCAUUCAAGCAGUUCCUUCCCAUAGUGUUCCCUGUAUUUUGUUUGCUUCACAUUUAUAAUGUUCAGUGAUUCAAACAGUGCAAAAUCACAAAGGGCACACCAACCAAAGUUGGUGUUGCAUAGAUUCAAAUGGAGAGAAUUCAAUAUAAGCUUAACUGUUCUAUUGAAGUCAGCGGGAAUGCAAAGAAUUUAAAGUGGCUGCAUUGUCCUAAGUGAAAUCAAUUAUUGUUUUGCUUAUUCUAAGUGAAAUCAAUUGUUUUGCUUAUUCUGAACUUUGAAGGAAAUAAAGCUAGAAUUUUCUUCAGUUCAUAGAAUUUUCUUCAGUUCAUAGAAUUUUCUUCAGUUCAUUUUUAUAUGAUACUUGUAGAGUGUUAUCUUUUUAGGUUUAGCUAAAAUGUUGGAAAGUUUUAUCUGCUUGAAUAUAAAUUUCAGUUUGGAUGAUCUCAUUUUAUCCUGUGAACCGCCCUGAGAUUUAUGGACAAAGGGCGAUAUAAGACUUAAUGCGCUUUUUAUAGGGCCAGGGGUCUACUGUUUUUAAGUACCAAAUGAUUCUUUAACAAGUUGAGGGAGUGAAGGUAACUUAAUUGACUUCACACUACUGAUGGCUGGUAUAGAACGCUGUGUUAAGCCACAGUCCUGGAUCAGUUAUUUGUGAGAUUUUAUUUUUGCACUUGAAUCUGUUAAUUUCAGACAACUUUAGAGCUCAAACCCAUUAUACAACUUCCAUAUCAUUAAGGCUGCCAUUAAAAUUUUGGUAUCUACGUCUUUCUUUUAUUUUGAAUGCUGCCACUUAUUAAACUGGUGUAUGUUCACACACAUUUCAGGUAGCUCCGAACUUUUAAGCGAUUUGGUUUAAGACUAUUGGUUAAAAGUUAAAAACUUUUUUGUUCUCAUACACUUUGAAAAUGGAAUUCAUUCUGCAUAUUCUCUCCCUACCUUUUCAGUAAAAAAGCCCGGCUGGAUUGGGGUACAGAUGCUGCAUCCUUGAUUGGAGAGGAAUUGCAAGUGGAUUUCCUGGAUCAUGUUCCACUGACAACACACAACUUUGUAUGUUGAUUCUUUUGUAUGUACAAAAUAUUUGGAAAUACCGUAUGGGAGUACAGCUGACAAGACUUUAUAAGAAAUUAUACAACAGUAGUCCUCAAAAGGUUUCAUAAUACUUUGACCUCAAAGCAGCACGCAAAGCAAGUGUUGCAAUAUAUCUAAGUGUUCUUACCUUUCCAAUCUUGGCAGAAAAUCAACGACAUUUUUAAAAGCAGUCCAGACCCUUAGGGCAUUGUCUUCCCCAACCUAGUCCCCUCCAAAUGUUUUUUUGACAAAAUCCCAUUAGCCAGCAUGGCCAUUGGUUGGAGAUGAUGGAAAUGGUAGUCCAAAACAUACAGAGGGCAUUGGGUUGGCAAAGACUGCCUCAGUUAGCAUCCUUUAGCUUUUUAUUCUUUUGUUGCCCCUGUGGCAGUAGACACUGAGGUAUUCUUCUGAGAUCAGGAAUCCAAAUGCUUGGAGGUCAAGACUAAAAGCAUCUCCUUUCUUGGCCUGGUUCACACAUCAUGGUAAACCUAACUGUGACUGUACUGUGAAUGAGCAAACAUGCUAGUGCAUGUGUUCAAAGCAUGCCUGUCCUGCUCCUCCCUUCCCCAAGUCAGAAGGAAACAAAGCACAGCACUUUUUUAGUGCUGUGUGUUUUGCCUCUCUCUAAACAAACCGCAAGAGGGAUAAAUAAAGCAUAAGUGCUGGUUCAUAUGUAACACUAAACUAGUGCCGGGGGCUGUUUCCUGCAGGAUGGGUGAGUAGAGUUGAGCAGCAAACACCAGCAUAUUUGCUUGUUUACAGCAAGAUAUAGUUUGGUUUGCUCAUGACAUAUGAAUUGGUCCACUAUGGAAUAUAAUGAGAGGCGAGGAGAGCAAGAGAAACACUGUGAGCGAAUGUACUUGCCUAUUCUGUCUAAAUUGGGAGGGAGAACUAAGGGGUUAAGGAACAGUUUUCAUGGAGAAGGUGAGUUUUGAUUAGGAGAUUGAGUUCGCUUUCUGCUCCUAUAGACAUGGACUAUAAAUGUAGUUCUCCGAUCAAAUAACAUUGUGGCUACAAAAGCUGCUCGUUUAAACUUACCCAAAUAAGUUUCUUUCUAGUCUAGUCUAAUGUAUAUGGUUGCAAGUGAAAAUAAAGCAAUUUCUGAAAAUGUGAAUAAUCUGAAUUCUCUCCCCCCCCCCAAAAAAAAGGUUUCUGCUGAAAUCACCUGUGUUUUGAAAACUAAAAUAUAUUAAUACUGGCUGCUUGUGAGACAGUAUAUUUUGAGCAAAGCAUGUUUAAAGCUAUAGCUUUAUUCAUAAAAGUUAAUUCCAGUGGUAAAAUGUGAAAUAUUUAAUGAUAAUGUGGUAACAAGCAAUUUGGAACAAAUAUGUAAGAAGCUUCAUAAAAUUGGCUACCUCAUACAAACUUAGAUACGAAAUUUAUUUUCCAGGCACGGAAGACCUUUCUAAAACUUGCAUACUGUGACAUCUGCCAGAAGUUUUUACUAAAUGGAUUCCGGUGUCAAACCUGCGGUUAUAAAUUCCAUGAACACUGCAGCACAAAAGUUCCUACCAUGUGUGUGGACUGGAGCAACAUCCGGCAACUCUUGUAAGAGUUAUUUUUAACCUUAAAAAAAAUAAAAAUGCAGCUAUUUUAAAAUUAGAAUAAAUGAACUGGUUCAACCAUAAAGGCCUAUUGAAUUUAGUAAAAAUCUGCUUAUUUUUUCUUUUUUGCUCAGCUGCAUGCUUUUGAUUUCAGAUUGUUUCCACACCCAAAUGUUGGUGAUACUGGUGUCCCUGCGCUACCUCCCUUAACGACUCGGCGAAUGCGGGAGUCCGUGUCCAGGAUACCUGUUAAGUGAGUUGAACUUUGGUUUUUGUUGUGUUUUGCUAUACAGUUGUAUCUUGGAUCCCGAACACCCUGGAACUUGGACGUUUUGGCUCCUGAACGCUGCAAAGUGAAUGUUCCAGUUAGCGAAAGUUCUUUUGGAACCCGAAUGUCUGAGAGGGCUUCCGCGGCUUCUGAUUGGCUGCAGCAGAUUCCUGCAGCCAAUCAGAAGCUGUGAUUUGGUUUUCGGACAUUUUGGAAGUCGAACGGAAUUCCGGAACGGAUUCCGUUCAGCGUCCAAGGUACGACUGAAAUUCAUAAUGGUAGUGCUGUAAUAGCCUGAGUAGCAAUGUGCAAAAGCAGCUUGGUGUGAAUAUCUUAGACAAAACUCUCCUUACUGCAUGCUAAGCACCAAGGGUUAGUGUUUUACAAGUUAAAAUGCUAUUAGUGUAUUAAUAUUUUAGUUAUUUUUUUUUAAAUAGGGCCUAUCCGCAUACAUUUAUGGUUUGGCUGUCCUGUGUGUCGUGUACUUCCUGGUCUCUGCAUGGCAUAGUUGGCUGUAGCGAGCAGAUUAGCAAACUGUGUUUCAUGUGGUCCUCCUCUAAAGGAGAACUGGAAGACCAUUUCAAGCAAUGGUCUAAAAUCUGGGUUUGGAGAGCCAGGGCAAACCAAACCAAAGUUUUCUUGAACCCAGGAUUCAGACAGGGAGCUGGAUAGUGUGAAGGCAGGACAGGGUGCGGUAACCUCAGUGCUUGGACUUAACAACCAGACCUGUUAGUAUUUUGUCAAAACCAUUCCAUAGUUGGGAAACCUUCAUCCAAUAGGUUUAUUCAAUGAUAGCUAAUUCUUUCCUAUAGUCAUCCUCACAUCUGAAGGCAAGCUAAGUGCCUGCUUAUGGGGUGGACAACAUUAUGCGGAGACUUUGCGAAGCCUCCUCACUUUGCAACUGCAUUUUUAGUAGUAAUUUGGAAUGGCACUUAAUGAUGGCAAAUUGGACAAAAUUUAACAAAAUGAUCUGGUUUGAUAUUUUGGUUUAGAGAUAGCUCUUAAACCGCAGUUUCUCAGUUUGGAUGCAUGGGAAAUCAUUGUUUUAAGAAGCCAGGAAAGCUUUGCCAAAGUCAGGCGCAGAAGUGGGAGGAAAUGACUGGAGGGAUGAGAUGGGAGAGUGUGGGCACAUACAUGCCUGGUUCCCAGUCCAUUUAAACUCUGGUUUGUUCAACUGAGAUAGUUACAUCUGAACCAGACUAAUCUGAUCAUAUAUUAAUUUUAUUUCAAGAGAAGUAGACUCUACAGCAGUGAUAUCUACUAGAGAACAACUUUUCUGAUGCUCAACAAUGAAUCACCAUUUCUUAGUGGCAGAAAUGAAAAAUGUUUGUUUCCAUCCUUUAGUUCUCAACACAGAUAUUCUACACCUCAUGCCUUCACAUUCAGCACAUCAAAUCCAUCUCCCGAGGGCUCCCUUUCUCAAAGACAGAGAUCUACAUCAACACCAAAUGUCCACAUGGUCAGCACAACUAUGCCCGUGGAUAACCGAAUAAUUGAGGUAUUCCUAUUUCUGAGUAUUUAGCCAGUUGUUUCUGAAUUGCAUAUUGGUUUAAUACUUACUGCAGGUUAUAAUGGCCGCAUUCCUGUUUUCAUAGAACAGUUUGCCAAACCGCAGUUCUCAGCUGAUGUUCUAACUCCCCAUAGUUUGUUACCAAUUCUUUACUAUGAUUUGAAGGAUCAGAGAACAGGAUGCUUAUAGCCAAUAUGUGACAUCUCAUUAUUUCUGUUGCUAUCACCUUUACUAAUCAGUUAAUAUUUCCAUAGAAGUAUGGCCUGUGCAAAGUUAAUCCAGUUAAAACAGAGAGUUUCUGUGCUACAAAAUAUAACAAUUUACAGUAUCUCACUGAAUAGAACAAAAGAUCCACUCACAUCUCCUUAAACAGAUUUCUUUUUAAUAUCAACAUCUUGAGGGUUCAGUUGUGUGCAGCCCCCCCCCCCCUUAUAAGCAGUAAUUUUCAUUUGGCUUUUUAUAUUGCUUUUCUUCUCCUACUACAGAGACAGCAUAGCAAGAUAGUAGGUGACAGCGUGACGAAUAUGUUCUUGAUAGCUUUUAGCACAGAUUAGGUGUUGUAAGUAGUGAUGGAUAAACUCACUCAAAUUCUGUUUGGAAUGAUAUCAAACAAUUUAGUUUGGGUCAGAGUCAAACUUGACCCCAAAUCAAGCUAUGCUUUAUCCUCAGUUUAAGGCUCUAUCACUCUUCCAAUGUGACAAGCCUGAGGCACCUCCUCUGCCUCUUACCUCCUUCCUCAAAAUUUAUUUCGUGAUCCUAGUAAGUUCCAUGAAUCCUUGUGCCGGGGAUGCUUCCAUGGCAGCGCUAAAAUUCUAAUGGGGGCACUAAAUUGAGACUUUCCUGCCCCAGCUUGCUGGUAAAUCAGAAUAGAAAAGAAAGUGGCAGCUCGUUACAAGGGAUGGUGUUAGGCUAAGCCCUUUAAGAUCUGGACCCAAACUUGUAAUGGGCUUGGGGGUUCCUGAGCUGGGAAACAUCAUUACUGAACGUCCCCUACCCCUGUUUUUGAACUUUGGAGCUUAUCACUAGUUUAAAGACAAAAAUCACUUGGUAGAGCCAUUAAAGUUUUGAUGGUAAAGUUCUUUUCCAGGAAUUUUUAGAGAGCCACCCUACAGUAUUGGAGUUCCCUUAUUGGUCCAGCUGGCUUUCAGUGCGCCAGAAAGCAAAUACCAUUUUGCAGCUGAAGUUUUGUAAUGUGGUCACACUCUUUUUAUCAGGGAUGUGUAUCCCAUGAUUGCACAGUUGUGUGAUAUCUCAGAAAGUGGCUCAGAGUACCCUUCACCGGUGUAUGGUCAUCCAGAUGUUGUUUGACUACAGCUCUCAUAAUCCCCAGCUACUGUGGCCGUUUAGAGGGCAAGGCUGGUUUAGGACAUGAAAUUCAGCAAGUGCUGAGUUUAAGACUACAGAUACUGACUGAGUGACUCGGAAUGGUGAGAAGCUGAGCAAGGGAAGGAUUUGAGUGCUUAUGAUAGCUUUUGACCUUUCUCAUUGAUAGUAGAAGAAAUUGUGCAAAGUAAGACGGGUAUAUGCAAAUUUGAUUUAUAUAUGCAAAUAUAGUUUUAUUUGUAUAAAAUUUGUUACCUAGCUGCCGAAUUCUGGUGUUCAUUGCCUCAUCUAUAAGAAUCAUAAAAUCUGUAGCCCGUAGCUUUCUGUUCUCCCACUUUAAUUUAUUGGAUGUUUUGAUAGGAUGAGUGGGAUGAACUUUAUUUUAGGCUCCCAAUGACUCUUAUGUAAAUGCUUACCUUUUAGGAUGGUUUAGGUUUUUGAUAGUGGCAAUACCUUUAGUAUCUCAAGCCAGGCUAGGAAAUCUUCCCUGGAAUUGUGUUUUGAGUUGGAGAGAGGAAAACCACGGUUGUUGUUGUUGCUGCAUCUCAGGCUCCUGAGUCCUAGAGUUCUCUCUUUGGAUUUUACCCUAGAAUAGUGAACCCUUUGUAUAAAAUGGCAUCUAGCAUCUUGUUGAAUUGCAGAUCUGUUUGAUUAGAUUAUCUCUGCUUGGAUCAGUAUCGGGUAUAAUCAGAUUCUCUAUACAUCUGCCUUGUAGAGAUUAAAAUCUCAUAGCCCCUCUUGAACUGUUCUUUUCUUGUGAGUCUACUUAUGGCAGAACUGGAAUACUAUCAAGUUUUGAAAAUGCGGAGAGAUGAUUUAGAAAACUUUCCCUGGAGCAUAUUUCAUGGUUGGUGGAAUGUCUGCCUGCCUAACCUUAAGAGCAUUCUUGCAUCAGUUUUAAUCUGCAGUUCCUAUAUAAAAUAACAUACACAUAGCUAAUGUGUUAACUCUCUUUUCUUUCAAGUUGUCUUCUUUCCUUGUUGUUACUACUUUCCUUUUUAGCAGCUGAAAACUCUUUUUUUACUACUUCCUCUGUUCUUUUCUUAUUUCUCAUUGCUUUGAAUUAGAAUAACAGCCUGAAUGCUUCUCCCAGGUCCUGGUGCAGACGAUUCUGUUUAAGGGGAAGAGUAGGUAUUAUCUGGAUGCCUUUGCUUUCUUCAGUUAACAGGAUUGCUAAGAGAGUUGGCCAAAUUAGUGUGAGUUAACAUAACUGUAGCUUAACAGUUGCAUUUGGAAAGACCAGUGUGGCAUGUUUGUUUAGUUCUAAUACUAAAACCCAGAGUUCGUAAUACAAAGUAGAAUUUGCACUACACAGAUGAAGCUUUCAGUGGUACAGAGCAAAAUCCAUAGCUUCUGGAGUAAACCUGUUCCUUUUAGCAUUGCCCUCAUGGAUGUGGUUGUAUGUUAAAAUGGUAAGUGGGCAUGCUGGUUCAAUAUUUUUAUUAUAAAAAACCUAGAAAUGUCAUUCUUUAAAUUGCUUUUUAGGGUUGGUGGAUUAUAGUGUGCUCUCAGCAAGAAGCUACACAGACAUCUGAAUAGUUUAGCUUUUAUAUAACACAAGCAUUCAGUAAAUGAAGGCUUGUGAUUAUAAAGGGAGCACAGAAGCAGUACUUCAAAAAUACUUUGCCUGGUGGAGAUGAGUACUUUAUUUAAGUUGAAAUUGGGGGAUGAGGAAACACCCGGCCUUGAAAUGCAGUGAAUAUUUUCUUCUUAGAAAUUCAGGAUUUGGAGUGUGUGUUUUUUAAACAGAGGACAGCCUGUGCCAUUGUGGCCACAUCCAAGCCACAGCAAGUGCAUGAAAGUUCCUGUAAAGUCCACAUUUUAGCUCAGCUGUCAGGGAUCCAAAGGCCUAUGUCCCCUGUGUGGGAAUUUCCCCAUCCUUCUCCCUUCCUGCUGAAGCCGCUUGUGUCUCUGUAGAGCUGCUUCUGAAGGUCGGGAGACCCGUUGGAGCAGGAUUUUAUGUGGCAAUGCAGGCAGAAAGCACCACCCCACUUCUCUUGCGUGAGCACACACAAUUCUUGGGAUUCCAGGAACUGUUCCCAGUUGCCCAUUUCCAAAUGAACCUCCUUAGAAUGAAAGGUGAUGAGCAAUUCUCACUGAGCUAUACUUCUACAGUUGGUUUUAUUCAGUGUUUCAUCUUGCCCAGCGUGUUUUCUGUCUUGACUAGAAAUCUGUCUGAAGCCUCAUUAUUUUUAUUUUGUUGAACGUGCUUACACACUACUUUUCCUUCAAAGAGCUCUGAGUAGCUCAGUUUGACUUCUAGACAGUUCACAGGGUGAGACCAGUUUAGCUUUGGCAGAAAAACUGCAUUCUGGCUAUUUUCUCACCUUUCUUUUGACCUUGCAUUUUGCUUUGUGUCUUUCUAUCCACUAUACACAAACUGUGCAUUGGAUAAUGCUGGACAAAUGGGAACCAUUCUAAAAUUGCCUUAUAUCAGAGCUGUGCAUGUUUACACAGGGUAGCAUGUGUGGCAUGCAGUGAGAGAAGGAGAAACGAGCUCAGCUGCAGCAGUGGUACAGUGGGGGCUGCGUGGAUUUCCACUUUUACAGAUUCAAUUCAUUGCUAUGUUUAAAUAUGACCAGAUGGAACUGGACUUGCUCUGUAUGUAGUAGGUUAUGCAAAAUACAUGUUACACCACUAACUUGAUUUGUUAAUGGUGGCCUUUCAUGAAACGUUAACUUGAAUGCUCCUGUGAAUACUUCAACAAUUAAUUCGACAACUUCAUUUUAAAAGCUAGGCAUACUUAAGUUUCCUUGCAUUUUAAAUGGCCAGCAUCUCCAAAUGUUGUGGUGGUUUGGUGUCUACAAUUAAAGCUGCUGAGUCAGUUUCUCGUUAGCGAGAAAUUUUCUGCUCUAUUCCGUCUUCCAGAGCAAUUAUGCGGAAGUGUUGAUACCUGUUCUUUUUGUUUCAGGAUGCGAUACGUAGUCACAGUGAAUCUGGUGAGUGUUUCACUUAAUAAUAUGUGGGAUACUGGGAGGGCCACUUGGGAAGCUGCUUUAUGUUGAUUCAGACCAUCUAGCUUAAUGUUGUCUUCUCUGACUGGCAGUAGCUUUCCAGAGUUCCAUCAAGAGGUCUGUCUUUCCCAGUCCUACCUGGAAAUGCCAGGGAUUGAACUUGGAACCUUCUGCAGGGAAAGCUUGUGCUCUGCCACUGAAUUACGAUGAUUCAUAUUAUGAACGUUUCUGCAUUAAAAAGUGCUUCUAUGUUAGAAUUAGGAUGCAGCUGGAGCACAGAACAUCAUUUAUGCAGUAAAACACACUUAGGCAUUGCACAACAUGGCGUCAUACCAGUUCCCGCAUGUUUUCUUGCUUCUGAUAUGGGGGUUGUCUAAUGUUAGUAAGCGUCUCUUUCGUCUUUCUUCAAACAUGUGAAGCAUCACCCUCAGCUAUAUCUGGAAGCCCCAACAAUACAAGUCCAACAGGAUGGUCCCAGCCUAAAACACCAGUUCCAGCCCCAAGAGAGAGAGCUGCAGGAUGUAAUUCACAAGAAAAAAAAAUCGUAUGUAUCAAGAGUAUUUACAGCCAGAAGAUACUCAGAGUAUACAAUGUGAUUUUCAAAUUUAUUAAAGCUUGCAGCUGGAUGUGUCGCUAUGAUUUGCAUGUAUUCUGUGUCAUACUCUUUAUGCUGCUGCCAUAGCUGAAUAGUGUGUGAGUUUCUAAAAGAAGUCCAAGUGUUUGUCAAUGUUAUUUUGCAUUCUUCACUAAUGCCUUCACCCUGAUUCUAAAAACAAACCCAGUGCAACUCUCCGGCAGGGGUGGUCUAACCUGUGGGCCUUCUCAGAUGUUGCUAGACUACAGUUUCCUUCAUCUGUGACCAUUGGGUGUGCCAGCUAAGGCUGAUGGGAGUUGUGGUCUAGCAACAUGGAGGGCCAUGGGUUCCCCAUCCUUAGUCUCCAAUUUGCAAUAGCACCUGCCUCCAUAUUACUCUGCUCAGUAUCAUAAUACAGCACCUAGAUCUUUACAUCAGCCCCUUGAACCAGUAAAAAAUUACAAUUUCUGACUUUGUGUUGUUACAGCUGAUAAGCUCUUGUCUACUGGCACAGGAAGUAUUAGAAACAGGCUGUUAGCGUGGAGAUGCGAAUAUGACCACAUUUGUAUAAGAGGGAAAUCUGAUUGUCAUUAAAUAGAAAAAAGUUAUUGGGAGUGAUGUUACGGCAUAGAUUAUUUUCCAGCUGUACAACAGAUUUAGAAAUAUACAGAUGCCCAUUCAGUCCUUAGUUUGCUUAAACAUAUUUCCUGUUGACAUUUUGUUAAGUCUACAUUAUAACUGUGUAUGUACUGCGUAGUCAGAUCUAGAUUAUUUCCAAAUAUCAUUAAUCAUGCUUGCGGCAAGCUUUAAUCUGAACCUGUGAAACUUGGUUUCCAGGCCAUGCUGUCUGUAUUGUAAAUAUUUACUUGCUUUCCAGAGACCUCGUGGACAGAGAGAUUCAAAUUAUUAUUGGGAAAUAGAAGCAAGUGAAGUUAUGCUCUCUACCAGAGUAGGGUCAGGCUCUUUUGGGACUGUUUACAAAGGCAAAUGGCAUGGUAAGUAUCAAGUAUUCCUACCACUCUUGUUGGAAAAUGUCAAUAUUAAAAUUGCUUAACAUAGUAAAAAAUAUAUACCGUAGUUUUCGCUCCAUUACACACAUUUUUUUCCUCCUAGAAAGUAAGGGGAAAUGUCUGUGCGUGUUACGGAGCUAAUGCUUCCCUCCUCCGUGGUUUCCAGCGGGAGAAGAGCCGCUGAAUGGGGAGGAGAGAGGGACAGAGUGCCUGCUUCUUUAAAGGAGCAAAGCGGGAGGGGAGGGGAGCCGCUUACACGAGUGUAAGCGGCUCCUGUCCGGUUGGCUCCUUUAAAGCAAGCAGGCUCUCUGUAUCUUGUCCCGCUUUGCUGGAAAUAGCAGGAAAGAUUUUCAGCUCGCCAGGGGCGGGGGGGGGGGGGAGGAGGGAGAGAAGCAGAACCUGCUUGCUUUAAAGGAGCCUACCGGACAGGAGCCACUUACACUCGUGUAAGCGGCUCCUGUCCGGUAGGCUCCUUUAAAGCAAGCAGGCUCUCUGUCCCUCCAGCAAAGUUUUUCAGCUCGCUAAGGGGGGGGGGGGAGGAGGGAGAAAAGCAGAGCUUGCUCCACGCGUGCUCCUUGUCCCUUUAGUGCUUUUCCUUCCCUCCCCACUUAAAACGUGGUUACAAAGCACAGAUCCACAUGGAUCCUCAGGAUUUUUGCACUGGGUCACCCCAAAUUCACCAUCAGAUCACAUAGCAUGUCCAUGGCUACAGUUUGCACCAAAAAAAUCACGCACCCACUGUUGCCUGGGGCCGCAGUGGUGCAAAAACGUGGUUACAAACAUGGAUCCACAUGGAUCCUCAGGAUUUUUGCAUUGGGCUACCCCAAACUCACCAUCAGAUCAGCAUGAACCACAAAAAUCAUACAUCCACUGUUUCGUGUAGAAUAUUUUUUUUCUUGUUUUCCUCCUCUAAAAACUACAUGCGUGUUAUGGUCGGGUGCAUGUUAUCGAGCGAAAAAUAUGGUACAUUUGGCCCUGUGUACAGGACUGAUAUUUUUGAUUCAUAGAUAUCUGCUAAGAGCUGAUCCCAUAAUUAUGUAUGGGGCAGAGAACCCUUCAUUCCAACUUUGGAACUGGGGAGGUGAUGGGAAUUGCUGCUCAGCUGCAGGAACAAUCCCCUCUCUCCUCUGCAGUUUCAUUUUUCCAUUUUUAUUUUUUGAAAUAUUGUCUCUGUCAUUUUAUUUAUUUUUUUCAAGUGUUUAUUGAAUUUUUGUUAUGUACAAAAACAUGUAGGCACCAAAAAAGAAAAGAAAAAGCAGGUAGGUAAAACAGAUGUAAAGAAAAAAAAGAUACUUUAUAGAGUAGCAGAAUGAAAUAACAGCAACCCAGUACACCAAAUUACAAUGAUGCUCAUUCAGUUUCAAAAUUUGGAGAAAGGCUGGCCAUAUGUCCUGCUCAUCAGGAGGUGGCAUUGCACACGCCAUGCUGAGCAAACUUUAGCAGCCACAUUUCAUCAUCUUUUCCAUUAUCAUGUUUACAAGAAAUUAUAAACAGCUCUUCCAUUAUUCUUAUAAGGUGCGUUUGCAUUGGUGGAAGGGAAGUGGGUAUUUGGAAAUAGUGGCCAAGAUUCAAAGAACUACUUAGUGUACUCAAAUGCUUGGUCCUGCCUUGUGGGGUAUUGUAUAUUUUCCCUUUGAGCAGACCUCUGUGCCUCAGUGUAACCCUUUAGAGAGUUCCCCGGUUUACCAUGUGAUAAUCAGGAUGGGUGUGGGUGCCUACUGUUUAUUAAACACUGUGACCCAGAUUCAGCCAAACAGUUGCACUAGUGAGAACUUAUGCAAUGAGUCCUGCUACCACAAUGGGGCUUUUCCAUCCUCCUCCCCCUGAAUGCCCCUAUGCUCCCUAAAUUGGCUCUGGGGUUUAGGAAGAACCCCAGAAUAAUGUGCGGGGGAAGGAGAAAGGCAGAGGGUUUGUGUGGCAAGCAGAAAUGCUUGUGCUGACAGAAUGUUCGUAAUAGCACUACGGUGAACUCAAUCAUAUCCCAAAGUUCUUUGGGCUUGUGGAACUAGUGGCCCAGAGUUCCUGCCUCUGGCAGGGUCUGCCCUUGGGUUUUUCCACGUGCAGACCAUACUGCUGAAGCUCUGGUUCCUCCCCGCAUGUAAUUUUUGUACAGACAUCAGUGGACUGCUUGUCAUUGUUGUAAGAAUGUUGGCAUGGUGCUUGAGAGACAAUUGUUGUGUUAUGUUUGCAGGAGACGUAGCAGUAAAGAUAUUAAAGGUGGUAGAUCCGACCCCAGAGCAGUUUCAGGCCUUCAGAAAUGAAGUGGCUGUGCUAAGGUAAGCCAACAUGGUGACUUUAAAAUGCUUGUCUAGUACUUUUAUUAAGUUGACUCUUGUCUAAAGUGGCUGGAUGCACAGGCUCAUUGUGUUUUCAGUAGAACUCUUUAUUUUGUGAGGUUAUUGCAAGGAUAGGAAACUAAACAGAACUGGAAGAUUUACCAGACUCUCAUACUGCUGCCUCCAAAUUGUAGACUAUCCUGAGGCAGGGAUAUUCAGUUUGUUAGCUUACAGUUCCUUGUUGGCUGGAACUGUGAUCAAUACUUGUCAAGGCCGGCCCUACCAUUACGCAAUAUAAGCCAACUGCCUCAGGUAGCAGAUGUUGAGGGGAAGCAGCAGUCUCUUGGCUAUUCCUCCUAGGCUCCCCAUCCCUCAAUCAUUCCUAUCUUUUGGAGGGCAAGUCUAUGUAUUCUUCAUGACAUGUCCUGACCACUCUAAAAAGUAGCCUUCUGACUCAAGUGCAGUGGAGAAUGCUAUCAUUUUACCAGUUUGGAGAAACAGCCAGUUGUCAGCCCAGUCAGCUUCUGUGUAUGGAAUGUGAAGGGAGUGCCAUCUUGUCCUUUGCCUCAGACAGCAAACUGUUUUGGGUCAGUCCUGCUUGUUAGUCCUCAGAGCUAUUCACUGGGCAGCAGACUGGUGUAGAAGUGUGCACAAAGCACUCCUUUGCAUGCAAAGGGAAGGAUUUGCUGAUUUACAUCCCCGCCCCGAUCCCCUUUCUGGCAGCAGCUGCUUGUGUCUCAUGCCACACUAGAGGAUAUGCCAGCCUUCAGAACAGUGUUCCAGGGGGUUCUGCCUGACUAGCUGAAGAGGGACAGCUCCCCCCCCCCCCGCCCAACAGUUUAUAUUGGAUGCUGCUGAAAUUCAUCUUCAAAUCCAAGCAGGAAAGGCUGCAUAGCCAAAAUUCAAAGAGCCACAUAUGCACAGGGAAAUUCAGGUUCAUUCAUUAUUCUGUCAUUAGUAAAAGACGUUUAUUUCUAUAAAUAGACAUUUCUCUUUCUCUGUUAAAUUUACAUCUCCCUGCAAAACCUUUGCUAUAGAGAAAAGCAGCUGAACUUCAGCUUGGGUUCAGAGGUACUAGUUUUUCGGAGAGCUUUGGAUCAGAAGAAAAAUCCACUCCCCUAAAUCAAUGGAGUUCUAAAUUUCACAUGUUUAUUUAAUUUACAAAGCUAAACAUACACUCCAUGUUCAUAUGUUGAUUCCUAUUUGUUUCUCUUAGGAAAACCCGGCAUGUUAAUAUUUUGCUAUUCAUGGGCUACAUGACUAAAGAUAACCUGGCCAUCGUCACACAGUGGUGUGAAGGAAGCAGUCUGUAUAAACACCUGCAUGUCCAGGAGACCAAGUUCCAGAUGUUACAACGUAUUGAUAUUGCAAGACAGACGGCACAAGGAAUGGAGUGAGUAAUCUGGACUGAAUCAUUGUAGCUAUGGAAGUGGUGUUGACUGCUCCAAAGAUGAAAUAAUGCUAGAGAAAAUCAAGGUAGUGCUGUCUUGGGUUCAGGCAGACCUUGAUAGUGCCUGUAAAACUUGAAAUAUAAAAACAUCACACAGUCUUCCAGAGAAAGUAGAGGUUACAAAGAUGUUUUCCUGAUAUACAAAAAUAGCACUGUCUGAUUCUAAAUUGAUAAAAUGAAAGCUUUCUAGCUACAGUAGAUAACUACUAAGGAAAUGAUAAUCUUCACUGUGUUUGAUUAAGGAUGUAGUUUGUUGCUUUGUAACUUGACUUUUGACAUGUAAAUAUGUUCACAUUUUCAUGUCUCAAAUUUUGUUUACAGCUACUUACAUGCGAAGAAUAUAAUACACAGAGAUAUGAAAUCGAAUAGUAUCCUUUUCUUACUGGGUGGAAUUCAUUAGAUCAAUAUGGAACACGGGGCAUAGUAUUUCUAGUUUGUUCUGGUGAUUAAGUGAUAUGAAGACCUGUUAGUUAAUGGCAAUACUGAAGGUUACUUCUGCAUUCGUUACCUGUCUUUCGUUUGCAGAUCUGAGUUGAAAACUGAGGCUGUUUUCAAGAUCUCUAAAUUCAUAACACAUAAUUUUAUUUUAUUGUUUAAAAAACAAACCUUCUAAUGUAUGGUUUGUAUUCUUUACAGGUCCUGUCUCUGGAAAACUCAAUGUCCUUUGGAGCUUUCAGUGGAUAGGACUCUAUAAAGUGCAGCUGAUACAUGGAAACUUAAUUAAAAGAAACCCUUUUAGCUAUAGAUGGAAGUUCAGUUCUGAGAGUACUAAAAAUCUGGGGAGUGGGGAAGGUGUGGGAGAAGAAAGGAUGUACCUAGGUAGGGUCUGGCACCUUACCACCUUCCUUUUAAUACCGAAUAUUUUACAAUAUAUUUGUAAACCUGGUUGGUCACUGUGAGAACAAGGUGAUGGACUAGAUGAGCCAUUGGCCUGAUCCAGUCUGAUCCAUCUUGUGUUCUUAAAGCACAUUCAUUAAAAGCUAGUGUAGAAUAUCUUCUGGAAACAGGCCUGGAUGCAAGGAUGACUGUAUUUGGUAACUCAAGUGACUGUCCAUGUGUGUUCCUUAAGAGUUAUGUAGAUAUAUUUCUUCAUGAAGACCGCACAGUAAAGAUUGGAGACUUUGGGCUGGCAACAGUCAAAUCUAGGUGGAGUGGUUCCCAACAGGUAGAACAACCUACUGGAUCCGUUCUCUGGAUGGUAAGUGACUUACAACGGAGCUGUUGCUUGUAGCUGGUCUGACCUUAAAGUUAUUCCUUUUAACUUUUGUUUUUAAUGUGCAGUAUAUGACAAAAACAUGUUUCUUAUCCUUUAAUCCAGGGGUGGGGAACCUUUGGAUUGCUUUUGGGCUACAAUUUCCAUUAUCCCUGACUGCUGGCCGGGGAUGAGGACAGUGGAAUACAGCAAUAUCUAGAGAGCCAAAAGUUCCUCAUCCUUGCUUAAAUACCAGAGAACUAGCAUACAGUACUGCUAUUCUACAAUUGGCAUGGCUGCUUCCUGUGUUGCAAAAGAAGGUGCAUAUCUGUGUGUGCUUUUCAAGCUGCAGUUUUCUUUUUAACGUGGGAGGGGCAAACUUUGAGUGGCUAGGUGCUGCAGGUAGGCUUUUUGACUAGGCUUCAGGAUACCUGGCCUUUCAAAACAAAUUAGGGUUUGUUAUGAGAAUGAGCCUGUGUGAACCUCAGGGUUCCUCCCCCACCCAAGGUCUUAACCAGAGGUGGCAAGCCAAACGCAUAUGCUUUUGAACUAACCACGGAUUCCCAUUACAGUGGUACCUCGGGUUACAUACACUUCAGGUUACAGACUACGCUAACCCAGAAAUAGUACCUCGGGUUAAGAACUUUGCUUCAGAAUGAGAACAGAAAUCGUGCUCCGGCCGCGGGAGGCCCCAUUAGCUAAAGUGGUGCUUCAGGUUAAGAACAGUUUCAGGUUAAUAACGGACCUCCGGAACAAAUUAAGUACUUAACCCGAGGUACCACUGUACACCCAAAGUUCGGGAACUUUAGGUAGUUAAAAGAAGCCAGGAUAUCAAACUGAGCAUGGAAGCUUUUGAUCUCCUUUGUAUGUAGGAAGGUGGGUGGGUGGGGGGUGCAGCGGGAGCAAGGAAGUCAGAUGUCUGCAGGCUCAUUCUUGUAAUGACAAACCAUAGUUACUUCUUGUUUCUGUACUAGGCCAAUGUCUAUAUUAAGUUUUUAAGAAGCUGAGGCUGCAGCCUGGUGGUGGUGAGAUAUGACUGCAGUUCUGCCACCUCACCCAGGGCCCUGCUGGCCUCAAGCUGACAGCGUGGAAAUGAGGGAAGAGGAACAAUCAUGUGUUCCAUUGUAUUUUCCCUGAUUUAAAAAACCCCCACAUUUUUCAUUCCAUUGUUUCCAAUGCCAAUUUGAAUGUUUGAGGAAAUAAAUUUAAUGCAGUGGCUUAAUUCUGUUUUUUAUUGUGGCCUUAAUGCCGCCAGACUCUGUUUACUUUUUCCCUCCAUGUAUGAAUUCUUAAUCUGGUUUUUUUUUAUAUAAAAAAAUAAAGGCACCAGAAGUGAUUCGAAUGCAGGAUAGCAAUCCAUUCAGUUUCCAAUCAGAUGUGUAUUCUUAUGGAAUUGUACUCUAUGAACUGAUGACCGGAGAGCUACCUUAUUCCCAUAUUAACAACAGAGACCAGGUGAGAAACGAUCAUUUUUUAAAUGCAAUGCAUUGUAUUUCCAAAUUUAUUAUUUUCAGGGUUUCUGGAUUUUAUUUAGAAGGCUACAGAGCAAAGAACCAUGUAAUUUAUAUUCCACCUCAUCCAGUCUGCUGCGAAGAUGGUAAAUUAUAAAAGUAGAUCUUGGCUUGUGUGUAUAUAAGCAGCAGGGCAUCUCAUAUAAAAGCUUUUGCAGAUGGUAUAUGUUUGCAGUAACAUUGAAAUGUCAGUAUAACAUCAUGUAUACUUUGCCCAAACUGCUUGUUUGCUAUGCAGUGUUUGUUAGCGCUAGGCUGGUCGGAAUGUUGAGUCAGAGUUCUAGAGGACUGAAAAAAAUCUACAUUGUUAACACUUGAUACAGGGGUCAGUUUGUCAACUAAUUCCCUUGUGAAAUCUGGGUUGUAUUUUCUUGGAGUUCCCAUUGGUCUCCAAGGAUCUGUGUCUUCUCAAGGGUUGGGCUGAGUGUUAGGAAAGCCUUAACCUGAGGAUCGAAGGCAGGAUAGGCUAACACUGCUUGUGAACUCUGCCUUCAUUGUUUCUUAAGCCUGUCUGCCCGGAUGGAAAUAAUUGUUAUAUGCUAGAUGAAAGAAGUGCCUUGAACUUUAAAGUAAUAUGACAUGCUAAAGUGGAAAGCACAAGGUUCCUAACUGGUCUAGUAGCUGUAGUGCAUGCUCGGUGCUACCUUAGAGGCAGUUACCACUCACCGUGGCAAGUGUGGCACUACCCUCUGGUGAUGGGCAAUUAGCCUUCUGCCAAACUUUGAAGCUGCAGACGUGUCUCAGCAGUUGUAUGGUGGUCCCAGCCCUCUCCCAGCACUGAAGUUGGUAAGGAUGCUGGGAGUGGUUAGGCAGCCAAAUCAGCAAGCCCACCCCCUUUCUUAUCAUGGGGCAGCAAAGGGGAACUGCUGUUUGGCAAUGCCAAGCAUUGGGUGAAGUUGGAACACCUGUUUUUCUCACAGAAAAGGUUGGAGGCUUCCUGGUUGAUUUAGAAGCCUGCAGAAAGCUCUGAUUGUGCGGUGAGCCUCCCUCCACAAGGAGAAGCUGCUUACUGCAUCAAUGACCCUUCUGAAAGUGCAACGGGAACAUGGUAGAAGGGCUGAGGCCAACAAGUGCCUCUCCACUUUCUCCCUCGCAGGAUUAUGGUGGUGGUGGGUGCUUGGAAAGGCUUCUGGGGCUGGCUUCUCAACUUCAGAGAUAAAUAGAGCCAUUAGAAGGUUACACGUUUGUUUCUUGUAAGUCAACUACUUUGGAAGCACUGGGGAAGAAGAUACAAUGACAUGUGCUAUAAUUUGUACUAAAUUAGAUAAAAUGGCCUGUUUAUCACAAUGCAGAUCCCUCACCAGUCUGCAGGAGGUUCCCAUCUGGCAAGCAGCUUCCAUGUGCGUAUAUUCUUUCUUGGGCCAGAAUCUAUUUGGCAAUUAAUUUUGGUAGUUGGCAGUGAGUGAGGGGGGUCUUGAGAAUAUGGGAAGCUUCCUUAAACCAAGCCAGGCCAGUGGGCCAUCUAACCAUAGCCCUUCCGAUUGUCGGACAGAAGUCUUUCCCAGCCCUUCAUGGUAUCACUUAUGAGUGAUGUCCCCUUUCCCCUUGAAACCACAUGCAGCUGCCCUCCGUAUUUCCAUGAGAACAGUGAAUAGUUUACAUUAAAACUAUUUUCAGCCUAGAUGCUGCCUCUCUAAACUUCUAAGGUUUGCUUGUUUGCCUAUUCUUAGAUCAUUUUCAUGGUUGGUCGUGGCUAUGCAUCACCAGACCUCAGCAAACUCUACAAAAACUGCCCCAAAGCUAUGAAGAGACUCGUAGCAGAUUGUGUGAAGAAAGUCAGGGAUGAAAGGCCUCUCUUCCCCCAGGUAAGAAUUAAGUUUGAUUUUAGAGCUUUACAAAACAAAUAAAUUUGUGUGUGUGUUUGAAUAAAGCAAGAGACAGAGAGAACAUGUUGGUUCAAAUAGUGAAAAAUAAUGGGGAAACUAAUCUCUUAAACUGCAGGCAAGAGAAUAUUUUUAUUACUUUAUUUUAUUACCUUUUUACUCCAUAGAAGUCAAGAUUAGAGCACAUGGUUCACUUCACACCUCAUAAUUUAUCCUUGCAAACAACCCUGUGAAGUAGGCUAGGCUAAAAGAGAGUGACUGGUCCAAGGGAACUCAGUGAGUUCCAUGACUGAAUUACGACGAGAGAGAGAGAGAGAGAGAGAGAGAGAGAAGAGAAUAUUCUAGAGAAAGACACACACAUAGGCAUGCAGACAUGCCUACAUGUCCCUAUGCAUGCACGAAGACAGGUAUAACUAUAGGUAUGUAUUAUCUUAACCCAACAACACCCUCUUCACACACAGAAACAGAUCCCACUGCAGCCAACCAAAGGCGAUCAACCACACCCUAGGCCACCCCAACCUCUCCCACCAUCAAGGAAACAUAACAAGCGAAUAGAAGGAGAACCUCCUCAAGUGACACUGACACAAAAACCCUACACAUACACUAAGUAAAAAAAUAUAGGCUUUACCACCCCAACCCUUUCUCCCGCCCCCCUUCUUUUCUUCCCAACCCUAUACUGCAUAUAACACCAAUGUUUCACGACAAAAGUAACUGAUCUUGUAGAAAACACAACCUGAAGAAAAAUACAAAGCAUGUGCUUUUGUAAACGAGGAAAAUCUUUAAUAAUUAAAAAGAAAAACCUAUAGGUAUGUAUUUAUUGAAUAUACGUACUGCUUAUCGGAUGGACUUCACAAAGUAGUUUACAUAAAAUUAUUUUUUAAAAUAAGUGUCGAUAGAAAUUAUAUGAUGAAAGAGGAAGGACAAACAACUGUCAUUGCAGAGGCUGCCUCUUUUUCUUCUCCGUUCCUCUUGAUUCUUCAGACGUCCCUCAGGUGGGGAGUGGGGAGAGAGGUCUCCAUGGGGAGCUAGAGGCUGGCAGCUUCCUAACCCGUUUCUGCUGCUUUCUCUCCUCCCCUUGGGGCAAGAUGGACACAUUAUACAGCUGUGUCUAUAUAACAUUAUAUAUGAUUUAAUAUAUACAAGAGAAGGGUAAUAAAAUACAUAAACAACAAGACAGAUACAAAUUUUACCCUUCUCUUAUGUAUAUAUCUGCAUUGAUGAGAGAGAGGGUGGUGGAGAGAGGGGCAUAUUAUGUUUAAUCGUUCACACACACACACACACACAAAUAUAUAUAUAAAUUAUAGAAAGAAAGACAGAUUUAUAUCUCUGUUUAUCUGUUUCCUGAGAGACACUAAAAUUCUCAAUUUUAUGUUUCUUGGUAUUUCCUGCUUCUGAUAAGACCAAAAUGUUUCAUUAGUAGGAGAUAAUGAAACAGUUUUCCAGAUAACCAUGUUCACUUUUCUUUACUGUUUUUCAGUAAUGCUGAGAUACUAUAAUUUGAUUUUUUUUAAGAAUGUAUUUGAAAACUGGGUAUUUGUGUUGUAGCGUUGUCACUCCCAAGCUAUUGCCAGGAACCUGUGGGUAUCCCUGCACAUAGGUUUGUGCUUUGGGUGUGUAAUGUGAGCCACUCACGCUUUUCACAAGGCAGAAAAUAAACACUGUCCUGUCUGCUCUCUAUUUUAUAAACAGGAAAUGGUCACAGGGAAGUGGGUGGGGAUGGCAAGAGCUUUCAUGAAAUUUGCACUUCUAGCCUUGUCUAGACCUAGGAAGUUGUCAGUACUGUAAUUAAGAUAGUCUUGCACAGAAAUUGGACAGGCCGUUAUAAUUUCCUCUCCCCCCCCUUUCCCUCUUUACUUUAGAUAUUGUCUUCCAUUGAAUUGCUGCAGCAUUCUUUACCCAAAAUCAACCGAAGUGCUUCAGAACCUUCUCUGCAUCGUGCAACUCACACCCAGGACAUCAAUUCGUGCACGUUGACUUCGACAAAGCUACCUGUGUUUUAG